CUUUGAGGUUUAUGUGGGUGUUGGAGUGUCGGAAAGUUUCCGCAUAAAUACGCCUGAUUUCUUUCGAUCGUCAUCAAGAAGGGAAGUGGAAGUAGCAAGGGUGUGUGGUAGGUGACUUUCGGGACUGGGAUUACCUGACAAUUUCAACAGUUUGGGAACAAUUUCUUUUGAUACAACGAGACGUAGUAGACCGAAACUUCUGAAGAACUAACCAGCGACAGAUCUCCUCCUUAGACGAACAUCGGAAACCCGGACGAAACGAAGAAGAAGAAGCGUUGCAAACACUCUCUUCCGAAACAACUCAAGCUCUGUCAAAUAGACGUCGCAAAAGGCCAGCCACGACAACACGAGACGAAUAUCUUGCUCUCAGUCUCAGCUUCCCAUCAUCCACUAUAGAAGAGCGUCUGACUUAUCGAAGAACAACAAGAAACGAAUGGCGUUCAGCUCGGCACUGAGAUGGAGAAAAGUCGCCACCUUCAUCACAGCGGUACUGCUCUUUGUCUUGGGCAUAGAUUGUUCCCCCUUACACGAGAGUCUUGGGGGGCCUGGCAGCCUGUGCCCCAAGGGCUGGUACCACUACCAGAGGUUCUGUGUGGCCAAAGGGAAGGGAGCCUCCGACAGAGCUGUGGCGAUGUACUGUGACGGCUUUGGCGGCAUCGGCAUCAAGGGACUGUGCAUUAUAAAAGCCAGGGUGAACUCGGACACAAGCAGACAAGACCCGGAAGAGGAAGAUCACAGAAAAUCCGCAACUCUUUCCCUCGACUUCUCUCUGGGCGCCGGAAAAAGCUUCCUAGGUUCGACGAGUGCAGAGAAAGGAUACCACCCUACUCAGGCGAUGGACGGCUCUGAUGAGAGCAACGAUUCCUCCUACAACAACGACAACGACAACGACAACGCCGUCAUGAACCCCGGGAAGUUCGCCUCCACGCUCAGAGACAGCAGCAACGCCCUGGUCAGUGAGCUGGAUGACGAGGACAAUCUUCUGGACGUCAAACUGUGCCCCGUCGGGUGGAAGCACUACAGGAGUAUGUGUGUCUACCGCCCGUUUACAAUAACGGAGACAUGUCGUUUGCUGGACUCGGUGGAGUUUCAUGGACUUUGUUUGAAGCAUGCAAAUACACAGGCCCUGGAGUCUCCGGAUGGAAAAGGGUAUUUCCAGGAAGGAAAACGGAUAUGUUGCUGCGCACACGUCAAAGCCAGAGGAAACAGAUACGGAUGCUAAGAGGAAGAGAGACAGAGCGAAAGAGAGAGAGAGAGAGAGAAAAAGAGAAAAAGAGUCAGAUGGCAACCGUGUUCUCGUAAAGGCUCUGAAGUUUCCCAAUUCCAUUUCUCCUGGUGUGGACAGACAGAAACAGUUGCCCAGUUACUAUCGCCUGGCGUCUCCAUCUCAGGUUCAAGACUUUUGGCUUUAUGAGAACAGAGUAAUCCGGCACCUGCCAUCAAAGUACUUAAUAUAGAAGUCGACAAUAGAAAGGUUCAGUACAGGACUUAAGUAGUUUUACUAUCAUAAAUCAAGGAAUGACGUUCUGUUGUUAAGCAAGAAUAGCAAAAAUGACGUGCUUGCUUCAAGGAACGGAUUAAGACAGCAGUGAUUGAGCUACGAUCAGUCCUUUGUCAAAGAUAAUUAUUAUGAGAUUAUAUCAUAUGAAGUCUUCGCCGCUCUUUUCACAACCCUGUUUCAUCAGUGAGCUGAUUUGUUAGUUUGAAUCUCCGAAUUUUCAACACAUUGUUCCCUUUUCUCUGUUGUCUAUCAAGCCA